AUGCGGAGGCUCCGGGCUGCCUGCAACGACGGUGGCGGCGUCGGCUCCUCGCUUCACCGGCGUCCCGGCGGCCGUCUCAUGCGAAACCCAGCGGCCCAUUUGCGAAGCUCCAGCCCCACACAGUCCAAUGGUUAUUGCUCUUGCACAGGACCCCAGCCACAGGGCAUGGAUAUAUCUGAACUGGAGCUGGUUCAGAUAAUACUUAUCCUGUUGGCGAUGAGCGUGAUGGUGGCCGUGAUCAUCUGCCUUCUCAUCCACUACCGCCUCGUCGCCCUGUCCCUACUCGGCAGACUCGGCCACGCGCAGGAAGUCCCGACGGCGCCAAGGGAUUCGAGUGGGUGGCCAAGCGCCGUGCUGACUCAACAUGGACAAGGCCAGUCAAUCCACGGCCUCCCGAACCGCACAACGCCGGUCUUCGUGCAGCACCGCCAGCUGUGCCGGCUGCAGCCCACCUACCCUUACAUGCCGCAGGACACCGUCGGCCUGCCACCCAUGAUCCGCUUGCCCGACGGGGAGGAAAAGGAGCCUCGCUUCUACCUUCAACACACGGAGCUGAAACGUUCCUGCAUUCGCGCGCCUCCUAACCGCACCGUCCUCAUAGACAAUUAUGUGCCCAGCACUGCCACAUGGAUGGGCAAAAGGGAAUCUGGAAGCAGUGGCGAGAGUUCUGAGAGUCCUCCGCCUUCCUACAGUGUGACUAUAGAGGACUCCUGUUGUAAAAUUGCUGCUCCAGGUCCUAAAAGGGUAUUACAAACAAGCUGGUGCGCCGCUGAAAACACAACCUCCACCGAGGCCGUUCCUCAUAACUCUUCAGUCACUUGA